CCAGGCGGCACCGCCCCCGCCGGGCUCCGCGCUGGCCGCCCGCCCGCUCGAACAAUGGCUGGCGGUACGCCCCGCGUCCACUACCUGGCGGGCUUCAGCUGCCCGCUGGGCGGCCUGGCGGCGGGAAAACCCCGCGUGCUGUGCCACGAGGCGGACGUCUUCCUGUCCACCGGGAGCGAGUUCGUCUACGUGUACGACCAGGAGGGCGGGCUGCUGACCGCGGUGUACCGGUUCCCGGACCAGGUGUGGCACCUGCAGCUGCUGGCCCCUCGCAGGGCGCUCUACGUCCUGUGCGCCCGGAGGGGCAUCUACUGCCUGUCGCUGGACACCCCCAGCAGGUCUGUGAGCCAGGCCAACAAGGACAGUGAAGAGGAUGAACUCCCUUACCCUGUGAUGCCCGUGGACCCGGAUGCCUGCGUCCUCCCCGAUGCCACACUCUGUGCGUUCAUUGUGCUGGACGACAUGCUUGUUGCCCUGGCGCAGGGCCCCACCCAGUGGAAGAUGCAGCUGUUUGAGCACCCCUGUUUAGGGGAAGACCCCCAGCCUGGGGGCCAGAUCGGUGAGGUGGAGUUGUCCACCUAUACCCCCGAAAUUGGUAUCCCAGGAAAGCCCACAGCCCCCCACUUCCUGCCAGUGCUGUGCUGUAUGUCACUGCCAGGCUCCAGAGCACCACAUGGUCACCCCCAGGCCUGUGGGGGCUUCACACUGGAGGAGGCCCUCUUUGGGCUACUCUUUGGAGCUGAUGCCACCCUCUUGGAGUCGCCUGUGAUUCUCUGUGGUCUUCCUGAUGGCCAGCUCUGCUGUGUGGCCCUGAGGGCCUUGGUCACCUCUAGGUCAGCCCCUGGUGACCCCAAGGCCCUUGUCAGGAUCCUCCAUCACCUGGAGGAGCCUGUUGUCUUCAUUGGGGCUUUGAAGACAGAGCCACAGACUGAGGAGGCUGUGGAGAGUGAGCUGUCCAGUAUGGAGGUCCACUCUGACUGCCUUGUAGCCCUUGGUCACCAUGGCAGGACUCUGGCCAUUAAGGCCAGCUUUGACAAGUCGGGGAAUCUGGUGCCAGAGCUUCAAGAGUACUUCCUCCCGGGGCCAGUGCUCUGUGCUGCCUGUGGUGGGGGUGGCCGCAUAUACCACAGUACCCCCUCGGACCUCCGCGUUGUGGAUUUGGCUCAAGGAAGCAUCCCCUUGGACCCUCAGCAGCCCAACAGAGCCCCUGGAAGCCUGCCGCCCACACUGUGCCCAACCAGCUUGAGUGUCUGCAGUGUCCUGACUGUCUCUGUGUCACCCAGGGCACCUGCAGGUGAAACUGAGCUCCUGGCUCUGUCUGCCAAAGGGCGCCUGAUGAGCUGCAGCCUGAGCCCCAAGAGUCCUGGUCCCACCAGAAUGACUUCAGCAAGUGCAGACCGGAAAAUCAAGGAACUGCUCUCCGGCAUCGGUGAUGUGUCUGAGAGAGUGUCCUUUCUGAAGAAGGCAGUUGAUCAACGGAACAAGGCCCUGACGAGCCUCAAUGAGGCCAUGAACGUGAGCUGUGCCCUACUGUCCAGCCGGGAGGGCCCCCGGCCUAUCUCAUGUACCACCACCACCUCCUGGAGCCACCUGCCCCUGCAGGAUGUGCUGACAGCUACCUGCCUGCUACAGAACAGCGGUGACUUCAGCCUGGACCGGGGCUGGACCUUGUGCAUUCAGGUGCUCACCAGUUCCUCAGCCCUUGACCUGGACGCAGCUGGCUCAGCUGUCACCUACACCAUCCCUGUAGACAGGCUUGGCCCUGGCAGUCAGCGGGAGGUGACACUGCCCCUGGGCCCUACUGAGAGCGGUGUGCUUGACCUACCUGUGACCGUGUCCUGCGCACUCUUCUACAGCCUCAGGGAGGUGGUGGGCGGGGCCUUGGCCCCCUCAGACCCCCUGGAGGACCCCUUUCUGGAGGAGCAUGCCCUCGACCUCCUUCCUGAGCAGGAGGGCAUCUGCCUGCCUCUGAGCAGGCUUACAGUGGACAUGCUGCGGUGCCUGCGCUUUCCUGGCCUGGCCUCACCCCACACACAGGCGCCCUGCCUGCUCAGCCCGGCCCGCGACCCUGUGGACACUUUCCUGGAAGCCUGCUGUGGGCCUAGCAGUGAGCCGACUGGCCCUGCCUCCCUGCGGGCCAAGUACUUGCCCCCAUCGGUGGCCUCCAUCAAGGUGUCAGCUGAGCUGCUCAGGACUGCCCUGGAGGAUGCUCACUCAGGUGUCCCCCUUUGCAGUGCCACCUUGCAGUGGCUGCUUGCUGAGAAUGCUGCUGUAGACAUCGUGAAGGCCCGGGCAUUGUCUUCCGUCCAGGGGGUGGCCCCCAAUGGCACUGACAUCCACCUCAUCAUCCGUGAGGUGGCUGUGACUGACCUGUGCCCAGCGGGGCCCAUCCAGGCUGUGGAGAUCCAAGUGGAGAGCUCCUCCCUGGCAGACAUGUGCAGAGCACAUCACGCCAUUGUUGGGCGCAUGCAGGCAAUGGUCAGGGAGCAGGCUGCCCAGAGCUCCAGCCCACCCGACCUCCGCAUGCAGUAUCUUCGCCAGAUCCAUGCUAACCAUGAGGCACUGCUGCGGGAAGUGCAGGCCCUGCGUGACCGUCUGUGCACGGAGGAUGAAGCCAGCUCCUGCGCCACAGCGCAGAGGCUCCUGCAGGUGUACAAGCAGCUGCGCAGCCCCAGCCUCGUCCUGCUGUGACCAGGUGGGCCCAGGCCUCCACCCCACUGCCUUCAGCCCUCUCCAGCAGCCAAAAGACCCUUGGUGGUUGCUCAGAGAAAGACUUAGAAUACCACGGGUGACUGUCCCAGCCCUGCAUAUGACCUGGCCAAAGGCACCAGAAAGUGGAGGAAGUUGGUGGGAGGCAGUCCAGGGGAGCCCGAACCCCUGGCCUCCACCAACUCACUCCUUCCCUUUCUCCCAACAGCUGCUGGCCGCACUCUGCCACACUGCUGGGCACUUUCCACCCCAAGCACUGAGGCUCCCCUGGCAGCAUCCUGUCUACUGAAGUUCUGGACCCCCAAGCGGCAGUCCAUGAGGGACACAGGGCUUCUGGGCUUGGGACUUGGGUGGGUUCAUGACUUGUUGCUGCUAUUCCCCCCCCCCACACCCCGGGAGCAUCAGCUGCCCCUCUGGUGCCACCAGGUGGGAGGGUACUCCUGCAACCAAAGCACAGAGAUGUGGGGCUCCUGCAGGUGCCAGUGGCUCCUUGCUACACUGAUGAAGGGCUUUCAGGGUGGCCCGUGGCCAGGAUGCUCAACAGUGAGGUACCGUGCCUGAGCUGCACUGUGUGCUGCUUUUAGGGUCACGUGGGGCCAGGGGCUGCAACCCAGCAUCCCCAUUCCCAUCCCCACCUCUUCGUUCAGCUGGGCAGUGCCCAGCCACUGGUGCUGUUUUUGCUCUGGGGUGGAGUGGCUGUGUGUCUAGACGUCUGUGGAGCGAGCCACUCCUGCUGGGAGCACUGUCGGUGAUAUGCACAGCAGGUGCUGUGAGGUGCUUUGCUGACAAGUGACCCUUGUGUUGAGCUCA